AUGAUGAGGGUGGUGCAGCCGGAGGGUGCUGGAGCCGCGAUUGAGGGUGGUGUAAUAAUCCAUAUAUAUGUAACCAAAAUUCUCACCAUCUCAUCACGUCUAGACUACUCCAGCAGUCCAGCUACGGACGCUGACAGUGACGCGACGACUCAGGUGCGCAAGCGUGACGUGGUCCUCCAGUUCGGCGGCGGCCUGCCGGCGGGCGCGUCCGUGCGCGUGGUCCAGCUGGACAACGCCUUCCCGCUGGGCAGCUGCAUCAACGGCGAGGUCAUCCGGAUCCCGGCCUUCGCCGACUUCUUCACCGCCCACUUCGACUGGGCCGUCUUCCAGAACGAGCUCAAGUGGUCCUGGACGGAGCCGCGCCGCGGCCAGCUCAGCUACGCCGGCGCCGACCGCCUGCUCGACUUCUGCGACCGCGCCGGCAAGCCCGCGCGCGGGCACUGCAUCUUCUGGGCCGUCGACGGCGACGUGCAGCAGUGGGUCAGGGACGUCGGCGGCGACCGCGGCCAGCUCGCCGCCGCCGUGGGGGCGCGCCUCGGGGGCCUCCUCGGCCGCUACGCGGGGCGGUUCCCGCACCUCGACGUCAACAACGAGAUGCUCCACGGCCGCUUCUUCCGCGACCGCCUCGGCGACGGCGCCGCCGCGCGCAUGUUCGGGGAGGCGGCGCGGCUCGACCCGGCCGCCGCGCUCUUCGUCAACGACUACAACGUCGAGUGCGGCGGCGGCGACCCCCGCGCGACCCCGGAGAAGUACGUCGAGCUCAUCCGCGGCCUGCGGCGCGGCGGCGCGCGGGUGGGCGGCGUCGGGCUGCAGGGCCACGUCACCCACCCCGUCGGGGAGGUCAUCUGCGGCGCGCUCGACACGCUCGCCGCCGCCACGGGCCUCCCCGUGUGGAUCACCGAGCUGGACGUGUGCGAGCCCGACGACGCGCUCCGCGCCGACGACCUCGAGGUGGUGCUCCGCGAGGCGUUCGCGCACCCGGCCGUGGAGGGCGUCGUGCUCUGGGGGUUCAUGGAGGGGCACAUGUGGCGACCCGACGCCGCCCUCGUCCACCAGGACGGCACCGUCAACGACGCCGGGCGGAGGUUCCUCGACCUGCGGAGGGAGUGGAUCUCCGACGCGCGCGGCCGCGGCGACGACGACGGGCAGUUCAAGUUCAGGGGCUUCCACGGCACGUACGUGGCGCAGGUCGCCACGACCGCGGGGAAGGUGCUCAAGGCGUUCACCGUCGACAAAGGGGACGCGGGCACGCGGCUCUCGUGCUGGACAUGA